AUGCUUCCGUUGACUAGUAUAUGGCUUUGCUAUGGAAUUUUUUCGGCUUUCAUAAUGAUUUUUAUGGUAGUAUUGCUCUCAGUUAACGAACAGUUCACAAAUUCAUUUUACCGCGUUAUAACAAUGGAUAUAAUUUUGAAUCUUCUCUGUUGGAUAAAUACUUGGCCACAUUAAAUGGUUUUUAGAGAAGAUGGCUUAAAAUUUGCUCUUGCACUUUACGAAAGCUAUAACAAAAGUAUUGAUAUGUUCUAUUUUGUGCAAAAUGUAUUCUUCCAUGUCCAGAGUGUCAGCACAAUUUGUAUAUGUUGUCAUCGACUAUCAACUGCACUAUUUGAGAAUUCGAGUAAAUUUUGGAAAAGAUAUUAUAUUUUGAUUUAUGUUAUCAUUAUUAUCUAUUCAUUUUUUGCUGUUUAACUGUUGCACCGACCUGCAAUAAAGAUCAAUCGGUGUCUAUUAUACUUUAUAUGCGUUGUUUUGUCGGUGGAUAUUUUUUGGCAAUUACCAUAAUUGGUUUCACAACACUGUAUCAAGUUAGAAAACGACUUGCAUCUCAAGAUAACCAAUAUAAAGAUUUUCUUCGAAAAAUGUCUUUAAUCACAAUUACCCAUACUUUUGUUUAUGCAAUGGUAUUGGCUUGGCAGACAGUAAGCGGGAUUAUACUUUAUGAGAAUGUUAUAGAAAUUCUGAUGACUGUAUCAGAUAUGAUGGCUUAUAUAUUGUUAAUCUUUGAUGGAAACGUGCAAUCAGUAAUAAAAAGUAAAUUUUCUAUGUUAACCAUUGUUAGAGGAAGCAUCUCGGACAUUCAAGGGUCUUAG